CCCUCCAUGGCGAUGGAGGCUGGCGCCGCCCCACCCCUCCGCUCCCCCACUCAACUCCCCGUCUCCACCGCCGGAACAGCUCCACCGUCGCCGCUCCAUCCCUCCGCUCCCCCCAACCUCUCUUCUCCCGUCACCUCCAACCCGCCCGUUGAGCAGCCGUCCGGCGAGAUCUGUGAGCAACCACAUGAGCCCGUCCAUGCCCAUGAGGAGGAGCAGGACGGCCGUCUGGUGCGGGAGAAGGAGCAGGGAUGCAGCAAGAUUCGUCAGACGAAGAGCCGGAAGAAGACCAUGCAAGUACAAGAUGCACAUGCCAAUGAUCUCUCUCAAACCGUAGGGGGCAAAAGAUCUGUAUCUCAUGCAAGUGAAAGCUCAAGGCCAAGAAAGGUUGCAAGGACUAUCAAGUCAAAAGAAUCCAAAAAGUUGGGAAAAAAAUUGCCUCCAAUUGUUUCGGGGUCUCCUAUAAUAAAUAUGAUUGCUAGAAGAAAAGUGCAAUCAUCAAAUUUACAUGCAAGAACUCCAAGUACAACCCGGACUUUGAAGUCCCCUUCUUCGCAUGCUCUCUCGCCUACUUCUGGACAUGAUACUCCAGUCUCUUUGCAUGCUCUCUCACCUGUUCCUAGACAUGAUACUCCAGCUACUUUGCAUGAUCGUCUCUUGCCUGCUACUACCCAUGGAUCCAAACGCAGACCACGCAAGUUGACCUCUAUCAUUUGGAAGGAGGCCGAGCCAAUAUACAUUAAUGGAUUUCUAAUGCAAGGCCAAUGCAAGUAUUGCAACAAUAUCUUUCCAGCCUCUAAGGUAUCAGGUACCAGUCAACUUGCUAGGCACUUGAAGCUAUGUGAGGUCAAAUGUUCAAUGGAUGGGGUGAUUAAACAAAUCAGAAAUUCUGAUGAAAUAGACCCUGAUUGGAAAUUUGACCAAGAAAAUGCAAGGACCGAGCUUCUCAAGUUAGUUGUCUUGCAUGGUCUGCCUUUCUCCUUUGUUGAGUAUGCUGGCUUUAGGAAAUUCUGUGCAUCAAUAAAUCCCUGGUUCAAACCAAUUAGUAGAGUAACACUUCAAAAUGAUUGCAUCGCAGCUUACCAUCAGUUUAGGAGUUACAAUGAAAAUUUCUUCAUGAAAUGCAAUCAUAGAGUAUCAUUAACCGGGGACAUGUGGACUUCAAACCAGAAACUUGGGUAUUUUUGUAUCACAUGUCACUGGAUUGAUAGCAAAUGGAAAGUUAAGCAUCGAAUCAUAAGAUUUUGUCUACUCGAAACACCCCAUGAUGCUUGGAAUAUGUUUGAUGUGGUAUUGACGAGCAUUCGUGAUUGGAACAUUGAGAAUAAGAUAUGUAGUUUCACACUCGAUAAUGCGGAAGUAAACACCAAGAUGAUUAGCCAUCUCAGAAAAAAUCUUGUUGAUCGAAACCUUAUCCAUCAUAAAGGAAAACUUCUACACAUUAGGUGUGCAGCGCAUGUGCUAAAUCUAAUAGUGCAAGAUGGACUAAAAACCAUGGAUUCUGUUGUGGACAACGUCAGAAAUAGUGUGAAGUACAUCAGAAGUUCUCAGUAUAGAAUAGAACAAUUUGACAAGUUGGUUCUGCAAGCUGGAAUAGACUGCAAACAUCAGCCUUCACUAGAUGUAUCUACAAGAUGGAACUCCACGUACCUUAUGCUCGAGUCCAUUUUACCAUUCAGAAAAGUCUUCGAGACCUUGCAAAACCAAGAGCCAAGUUACACAUUUGGUCCUUCAGACAAGGAAUGGGAAAUGGUUUUAGAUAUUUGUCAGCUUCUGAAAGUAUUCUGCCAUGCGACCAAUGUCAUUUCAGGCUCAGACUACCCUACAUCCAAUCUCUACUUCCUCGAAAUCUGGAGCGUGAAAGUGGUACUAGAUGAACAGGAAAAGAGCAGCAAUCCUACAGUCAGAAUCAUGGUCAAAGAAAUGAAGAAGAAAUUUCAUAAGUACUUCAUGGAGUCAUACUUGACAAACUGUGUACCGGUGAUUCUGGAUCCAAGGUUUAAAAUGGAGCUUGUUGAGUUGCGAUUGAAAAAAUACUUUGGAGUUGGUGCGGAUAAACAUAUCCAAGAAGUAAAGGAGGCUAUCAUGGCCUUAUUUCUUGCAUAUGGUGCUGAAAUUGAAGAGAAUAUUAUUAUCCAGUCACAAGAGAAAAAUGGUGAAGAAGCUGGUUUGGUGGAUGAUGCCCUUUCAGAUUUUGAUGAGCAUGUGAAGCUUAAGAAAGCUAAAAGCCACAAUGAGCUGCAACGCUACCUAGAGGAAGACUUUCAUCCCCGUACACCAGACUUCGACAUUCUAAAAUGGUGGGCUGUGAACUCUCCAAGGUAUCCAAUACUUGGCAGUAUUGCUCGUGAUGUACUGGCUGUUCCAGCUUCGACUGUUGCAUCUGAGUCCGCGUUUAGCACGUGCGGAAGAGUUAUAACCGAUCACAGAACUAGCCUUGGAGCUGAUAGUGUUGAGGCAUUGAUGUGUUAUGGGGAUUGGAUUAGGCGUGGUGAACCUUUUUGCGAAGAAAGCGAACCUCAUGAGGUUUCGUGAUUGUUCCAGCAAGAAAGGAUGGAAAGGUUGCCAAAGAUGAAGAAAAUGCAAGCAGAUCUCAUGGUUCAAGCAAAAGAGAGUGAAUGAAGAUCAUCCUAGUGUAUCAGGAUCCUAGUGUAAUAUUUUGGAGACUCAGGGAUUUACUGAACUUGGGAUUUACUGAUGCACUGAUAUUCCUGUGAUGCACGUACUGUUGCUUAACUAAGCUCCGUAUCAUUGGUUAUGACUUGUGAAGUGUUGUUUUGAACUGCUUAUACAUAUUUUGUAAUGGAUUUUCUUAUUUGUUAGCUUAUGACAAUUGUCACUUAAACUGUGGAUUCUGUGGUGUUAAAGUUAACCUCUUAAAUUUGUUUAUGCUCA